AUGAAUAGGGAGUAUACUGCCCCAUUGCAGCUCCCUUUGAGCAGGAAGGAGAUUGCUCGGAUGGGAGUUCAAGUGGUUGACAAGGCAGCAGAGAUGAUUGAGAAAGGAAUUGACGCAGGGGAGAAAAAGAAAAAGAAAAAGAAAGGUGGUGGUCAGACCUUGAGGGCAGAGCGUAGGAAUCUUUGGGCGGAGAUGGGCAUUGUGGCUGCCCUGUCCUGUCCAUGGGUUGUUUUGGGGGACUUUAAUGCCACAUUAUAUUCCCAUGAGAAGAGGGGUCCUGGUAGAUUCAAUGUGGGUUCCGCGGCAGAGUUCCAGGCCGUGGUGGAUGCUUGUGAUUUGAUUAGCUCUCCUUCCCAAGGAUCCAAUUUUACCUGGACAAACAAUAGAUGUAGAGGACAUGUAGCGGCAAGGCUUGACAUAAGUUUUUUCAAUGCUCAAUGGUUGGACGUUUUUGGUGAUUGUGGUCAGAAGGUGCUCCAUAGAUCAAUUUCAGAUCAUGCUCCAAUCCUUUUUUCCUCAGCAGCGAUUCCUAAGCCUCGAAAUGCCCCUUUCAGACUUCAUCGUUUUUGGAUGAAAGAGGAAUCCUUUGUGGACCUGAUGGCUGCUAAGAAGGAAGCAUCUACAUCAGUGGUGGCAUGGCCUCCUGAGGUGCUUGACUUCAUGGCUGAGGAUGCGAUGGGCAGAUCGCGAUUCAGAUUUUAUUAG